GCAAGUAACCGUAUGCCUGCACUUCUAAAGUUGGGACGAAAAGUUGUAGCGAGCGAGCGUCGCAUCUCCCAGCAUUCGCGGUCCGACGCUAGCGAGGCACGGUUGGUGCCUCCGCGCUCGCCGCUGGUCGAUCUUAACUUUACAGCAUACAUUUUUACAAUUAACACCAUGAGGGUCCAGAAGACCCUGCUGCUGCUGUUCGCUGUAGUCAUCGUAAAGGUGUCAUCGAGUAAGAUUUUUUGGGACGAGGAAGACGAUGUUUCGAAUGAGUUCUUAGAAGUGGGCAGCUUCUUGGGAAGGUUUAAACGACAAUUAACGGCGACACCACCACCUGAGAACAACGAGAGUGUCACGGCCGAUGAUGAAGAGUCGAUUGAUAAUGACAAUGAUUUCGACGAAGGUUCCGGACUCUCGGGUGGCCGGUUGGAGACAGAAUUCAAAGAAAAAACCCUUCACGUGUCCUUCGUGGUCAACCAGCCAUAUCAAACGGAAUACUCCAACCGAGACUCAGUGGAAUUUCAGAAUUUCUCACAGUCUCUCGCUGAAGCUGUUAAUGCUGUCUUCCAAAAUCUCCCUGGAACCCACAGAGCUAGUCUUGUCAGAAUCCAAUCCCGGCCAACAGACGAGUUCACAUGCAAGGUCACUUUAGAGAUAGUUACUAUGGGUUACGAAACUGAUAGAAUUUCCGAAAUACUUCGCGACUACAUAAGAAAGAAGAGGACGCUUGGAAAUGUUGCCGUGGACGAUGUGGGUUUCAGUUCCACCGUCAUUGAUCCAGGAAGUAAUACUCCAUUGGACAUCUGCACUAUUGAUGAGAUAAGAUGCUACGAUGGUCAUUGUGUGCCAGAGACGGCAAGAUGUGAUGGAAAAAAUGACUGUUCCGAUGGCUAUGACGAACUUAACUGUGCUGAUUUGGAUAACGAAGAUGAUCAAGGAGAAGAUCAGGACCAAGAUUUGGAUCAAGAUCAGGAUCAAGACCAAGACCAAGAUCAAGAUCAAGAUCAAGACCAAGAUCAAGACCAAGACCAAGACCAAGACCAAGACUUAGACCAAGACCAAGACCAAAACCAAGACCAAGAUCAAAAUCAAGAUCAAGAUCUAGAUCAAGAACAAAAUCAAAAUCAAAAUCAGGAUCAAAAUCAAAAUCAGGAUCAAAAUCAAAAUCAGGACCAAAACCAGAACCAAGAUAACGAUCAAAAUCAGGGUCCGAAUCCAAACCAAUCUCAAAAUGUAGACAGAGACCCAUACCAAACUUCUGAACAAUAUAUUCCUGUAGAUAGCGGCAGAGAAUCAAAUUAUGAUAAUAAUGGUAAUAAUGAAAAUUCCGUCGAUAACAAUGUCAACGGUGUUGAUUCUGACGUAGCUACAUCGGAUCCAUUGGAUUUUGGACCAUCGGAAGAUAAUCAUGAAAACGCCGGAGACCCUAACGUCAAUUCCUGGACCGAAAGACCAGGAUGUCAAGGCAAUGAUUUAAGCUGUGAUGAAACUCGGUGCAUCUCAACUGACAUGCGAUGUGACGGAAAGCAAGACUGCGACGAUGGCACCGAUGAAGCUGAUUGCCAAAAAUGUGGCGUUGACGACUUCGUUUGCGGUGACGGAAGAUGCAUUGAAAGCUCUCGCCGGUGUGAUAGAGUCGCUGACUGUUCGCAAGGGGAGGAUGAGCAGGGUUGCGGGUGCAGUCCAGAUGAAUUCCGAUGUGAAAUCGACCUCACAUGUAUAGAGGGCCGAAAACGAUGUGAUGGAAUACCUCAUUGCAGAGAUGGCUCCGAUGAACAAGACUGUGUAAAUGAAUAUUUUAAAUGCAGAAAUGGAAAGUUAAUACCACAGUACCAAAGAUGUAAUCGCCAAUACGAAUGCGAUUCCGGUGAUUAUUCGGACGAACAAAAUUGUCCAUGUGGUGAUGGCGACUUCAAAUGUGGAAAUGGUUACUGCAUACCUGCAUCCAAAAAAUGUGACAGAACGCAUGACUGUCAGGAUGGUUCUGAUGAACGGGAUUGCAAUUAUGGCACAGUAAGCAUGGCUUCUCAGUAUAAUUGUACAAAUGGACAAUACGUUCCUGGGGAGUCUCGUUGCAAUGGUACUACAGAAUGUUUAGAUGGUUCUGACGAAAAAGAAUGCCCUUGUAAAAGGGAUCAGUUUCAAUGUCAGGACAAUUCUUGUAUAAACAUCUCAAAAAGGUGUAAUGGUCAAAGAGAUUGUCAACCUUUUGGGGAAGAUGAAUUCAAUUGUGGUGUACCAGGUUGUCCACCCGAUAGAUUCACUUGCAAUGCUGGGUCCGAAGUACAGUGUGCUACACGAUGCGACGGUCAGCAGGAGUGUUCUGGUGGAGAAGAUGAAGAUGGUUGCCUGGCUUGCAACCACGAGUGCGACGGCAGGUGUAUAGAAGAUCAACAAAUUUGUGAUGAAAUACCCGAUUGCUCAGAUGGUUCCGACGAAAUAAACUGCCCAGAAUGUAACGGUCCUAACGACUUCAGGUGUCUCAAUAAGGAAUGUAUAAAUGCCGCUUAUCACUGCAACGGUUUGAUAGAGUGUAGAGAUGGAAGUGAUGAACUCAAUUGCACAGCGAUACGCCGUCCCGAACAAUAUGGCUGCAAUCAAAUGAAUCAAUAUCAGUGUCGCGAUGGUAGUUGUAUUGAUAUACAAUUCCUGUGCGAUCACAAUCCGGAUUGUGCUGACAACUCAGAUGAAGAAAAUUGCCAGUGUGACACCAACGAAUGGACAUGCAUAUCGGGACAGUGUAUUCCUGAUAUAAGAUACUGCGAUGGCCAUCAAGACUGCAGUGACGGCUCUGAUGAAUCAGACUGUAUGACGACGUACAGGCCAUUCACCAACCCUCCACUAUUUGUAGGACAGAAAGGUGACCUGGGCGGGUCUUACUACCCAAACACCGACCCACCCAGCACUCCUCGACUAUUUGUAGGAGAGAAAGGUGAGCUGGGCCGGUCUUACUACCCACACACCGACCCACCCAGCACUCCUCGACUAUUUGUAGGAGAGAAAGGUGUUCCGGGCGGGUCUUACUACCCAUACACCGACCCACCUAGCACUGCUCGUCCCGCUGUGGUCUCAACUUCUCAAAGAUACGGAAAUUCAGGUCCCAUUGUAUUGAAUCUCAAAACCUAUCCUAAGGAACAAUCAGUUCGCAGCGGAGGAGAUGUAGUAUUUUCGUGUCGUGAUGAAAGCGACUUAAGAGCUCCAGUUCGUUGGGUCAGGGAAGGCGGAAGACCAUUAAAACCUGGCUCAACUGACAGGAACGGUCGUCUUGAAAUGGAGAAAGUGACGUCGGCUGACAGCGGUGUAUACAUCUGUCAAGUUCCAAGGUAUCUAGGUACGCCUGGAUCUGAAGUACGGGUCACCCUCACCGUAGAAAAAUACGAACCAUCACACGUUUUACCAUUCCCAAGAUGUAAGAGUACUGAAGCAACAUGCGGUAACGGACAAUGUAUUGCAAGAACUGCCAUUUGCGAUGGAAAGCAAGACUGUAAAGAUGGCUCUGAUGAACAUUCCUGUAAUACUAAUGGCCGUUGUAAUCCAAACGAAUUCCAAUGCGCGAACCGAAAAUGUAUAUUAAACUUCUGGGUAUGCGACUCUGAGGACGAUUGCGAAGAUGGUUCCGAUGAACAAAAUUGCGGACGUUAUGACCCUAAUAGCAAAUGUUUGCCGGUUGAAUUUGCUUGCAAGAGCAAUGACCAGUGUAUUCCUAAAACAUAUUACUGCGAUGGUCAAUACGAUUGUGCUGAUAUGUCUGACGAAUUAAGUUGCGCUCCUGUAUACAUUACGAAACAACCGUCUCCCGCAAACUUAAGACUGAAUACUGGUGACACCCUCACCCUUACUUGCGAAGCCCAAGGAAUACCGGUACCGCUCAUAUCUUGGCGUUUGAACUGGCAGCAUGUCCCUGAGAAAUGUGUAGCGACAUCCAAAGAUGGAAUAGGAACACUUACUUGCCCAGAUAUGCAGCCCGAGGACAGUGGUGCUUACUCUUGUGAAGGCACCAACAACAAAGGAUCUUCACUUGCUCCCCAAGAUUCCAUUGUGUUCGUCAAUAGAACCGCAGGAAUAUGUCCUGCAGGUUAUUUCAAUAGCGAAGCCCGAUCACAGAAUGAAUGUAUCAGAUGCUUCUGUUUUGGAAAAUCAACUCAGUGUCAAAGUGCAGAUCUAUUCAUAUUCAAUAUGCCACCUUUGCUUGGAGAAGGAGGAACGAGAUUGGUUGGCGUUAAGUCAUCUCCAUACGGCGACACUGUUGUUGAAAAAGAUCAAGAAAUCACAAACCAAUAUUACUAUCAGCCUCUUAGAAACGGAGCUAUGGUGACGAAACUCGCUUCGGCUUUUGCUAGAAACACUGGUGCUCAUCCGUAUCUGACACUCCCGGAAACUUAUAAUGGUAAUCAAUUGACCUCUUAUGGGGGCAGCAUAAAAUACAGAUUGUCUCCACAUAAUCCUCAGAGAUACGUCAUAAACGACAAUGUACCAGAUGUUGUCAUUGUGGGUAAAUAUCAAACUCUUGUUCACCAAAGUCGCAACGAUCGCUCAAGGGAACCUAAUAUUAAUGCUCGUUUGACUCCUGGCGAUUGGCAAAAACCUAGCUCAAUAGGCUUAGUACCAGCUACACGCGAAGAUAUUAUGAUGGCGCUGGAUGACAUAAGCAUGAUUCUUUUGAGAGCCGACUUAAAUAAUGCUGGUGUUAAUAUAACUGAUUUUAAUAUGGAAUCCGCUCAACGCAAUAAUGUAGGCCUAGGAUCGGCUAGUCUUGUUGAAGAGUGCACUUGUCCAAAAGGUUACAAAGGAAGAUCAUGCGAGAAAUGCUCUGAUGGAUAUGAGCGACAAAGCGGAGGACCAUGGAAUGGAACUUGUGUUCCAAAGCCUCCUUGUCCACCGCUAACAUAUGGAGACCCAAGCAGCGGUGGCGAUUGUAAACCUUGUCCAUGCCCGCUCACCAACCGUGCCAACCAAUUCGCUAGGUCAUGUGCCGUGGGUCCAAGUGGCAAUGUUGUAUGUGAAUGUCAACAAGGGUAUGAAGGUCCAGACUGCAGCUAUUGUGCCUCGAACUACUAUGGUAAUCCUUUAAUUCCGGGCGAUUCCUGUAAACCUAAAGUUGAAGAUAAUUGUAACCCAGUAGGAACAAGCCACGUACGUCCACCUGAUGAAUGUGUCUGUAAGGAAAAUGUUCAAGGAAGAUACUGUGACCAAUGCAAGAAUGGUUCAUUCUAUUUAUCAAAUGACUUUAGACAUGGUUGCGCCUUAUGUUUCUGUUCCGGGGUAUCCCAGGAGUGUCGUAUUAGUAAUUUACGACGUAAAACUACUAGCGUCCAUUUCAAUGUUCCAAAAAUAGUAGACGAAGUAAAGGUCUACAAGAGCGCGCCGAUUGGUCAAGCUGGAGCAGUGAGAUAUAACAUACCAAUCGAAACAGAUUUACAACCAGAACUUUACAAUAACGAAAUAAGUCUAAGUGCCUAUGAACGUUCCCAACCUUCCAUCUUUUACUGGAGUCUUCCUAACAGUUUUGCUGGAGAUAAAGUAACUUCUUAUGGUGGCAAACUUAACUAUGAACUUAAACAUAUUUACUCUCCGAGCGGACAAAAUACUGCAGCCGAUGUACAAUUGAUUAGCGAGAAUCGUCUGACAUUCCAUUACUUUGGCAACUUUGUUCCGGACAGUGAUGGUUACUUGAAUGCAACAGUCGAAUUUUUAGAAAAAGGAUGGCAAAGACCGGAUGGUAAACAAGUAUCCCGGGAACAUUUCCUUCUUGCAUUAGCUGAUGUAAAAGCAAUUUUGGUCAAAGCUACUUAUUCUUCAAACGUCGAUUUAGCUUCCAUAGUUAGCGCUAGUAUUGAAACUGCAGAACCCAACGGCGACGGUCCUUUGGCACAACAUGUUGAACAAUGUGUUUGCCCCAGAGGUUACGUUGGGACAUCUUGCGAAGACUGUGCUCCUGGUUUUACGAGGAGUUCAAGUGGCAUCUACCUAGAACAUUGUGGGCCUUGUGAUUGUAAUGGACACUCCUCCAAUUGUCAUCCAGAAACAGGCGUUUGCUAUGACUGCCGUGACAACACCGAUGGACCAAAUUGUGAAGUCUGCAAGGAUGGUUACCAGCGAGAUCAAUAUAAUAACUGUGUUCUUCAGAAUCCUACAGUUAGGCCUUCCUGCAAUUGUGAUCCACGAGGCGAAGAAAUACCAUGUGAUGAUUUAGGACGAUGCUCUUGUAAACAAAAUGUUGAAGGAGAAUUUUGUGAUCGCUGUCGACCAGGGACGUUUGGUUUAGAUGAAAAUAACCCGCUGGGCUGUCAUUCUUGUUACUGUUCUGGUGUCACAAGUGACUGUCGCGAAGCUAAUCAUUACAUCAGAGUAUCUUUGGGUGCUCCGAUAUUUGACGAAAACAAUGGUGGAUACACACUUAUGAAUAUCAAUGCGGACCAAGUCAUCAAUGAUCAAUUCCAAUCUGCUCCGAAAGAAAGUGAACUGACUUAUAUCUUUUCUCAACAACCCAUUAGUGGAGAGGAUCUCUAUUGGUCAUUGCCCGUUUUCCCAGGUAACAGAGUAUUAUCUUACGGCGGAACAUUGUCAUUGACUCAAAAAUUCGAGUCAGUUCGUGACAUUACUUCUUUACCUGGUACUGAUGUUGUUCUCGUUGGCAAGGAUAUAUCAGUUUACUGGACGAACCCUGUACCAAUAAGAAGCGGUGUAGCACAAAGUUACCAAGUUCCAUUACGUGAAAAUAAUUGGUUCAUACUAAAUACUGCUAACAGAGCGAGCCGCUUUGAUUUCAUGUCCGUACUAAAGAACCUUAACAGGGUAUUAGUACGAGCUACUUUAAAUCCAUAUAUCUACUCUACUUCUAUCGCUGAUGUAUCAAUGGAUACCGCAGCUGAGGGAUCUGAUCCUACGUCGCCUGCGGCUAGAGGUGUUGAGCUUUGUAUAUGUCCUGAAGGCUAUGCUGGAACCAGUUGUGAACUCUGUGCCCCUGGGUAUUACAAGGAUCGAUCAGAUAGAUGUCAACGGUGUAACUGCAAUGGCUAUGACUGUCAACUGAGUAGUUACGAUCAAGUCAUUUGUAACUGCCCCCCACCUUACACUGGACCGGACUGCUCAACUGUCGGUGGUGACUCCAGUACUGAUGUGACCACACGUCUGCCUCCUCCUCAGAGUUCUGUUGUUGUAAAAAUUAGCUUACCCACUAUUAAAAUUCAAGAAGUAGGCAGUACUGUCAACUUCACAUGCCAAGCUCAAAGCCGAAUGGCUCGAAGCAAUUUGAAAAUUAACUGGUAUAAGGCUGAUGGCAAUCUGCCGCAAGAUCGAACCCAAAUCGAUGAAAGAACAGGCCUCCUCCUUAUUACAAAUUUGCAAGUAUCUGACAGCGGUAAAUACAUUUGUGAGACAAGUGAUGGAUUUUCAACGGCCCAAGCAAUUGCUACUCUAAAAGUGCCAGGUAAUGACAUGACUCUGCCCAGAGUAUCCAUAAGUCCUUCAGUACAAGAAUAUUACGAAGGGGACAGAGUUGAACUUAAUUGUGAAGCAACCGGCAAUCCUGCUCCACGAAUUACUUGGCAAAGGGCAUCCACUCUUGCCUUACCGCGAGCUAUGGAAACCUUCGGAAACUUACUUAUUUUAGAAAGCGCAAAUGAAGAAGAUUCUGGCGAAUACAGGUGUAUAGCAACAAACACGGCUGGAACCACUCACCGGACUGCUUUUAUAACUGUUCGACGUAAGCCAACCUCACCUCGUGAAAAACUAUCUGUCCUGUCACCUUCGUCUCAAAUCAACGAAGGACAAAGUGUCACGAUAGCUUGUACUGGAACACCAAGUAUACCUGCUGGUACCAUUGAUUGGGUCAGGCAAGAUGGCACUCCACUGCUUCAAAACGUUCGAUCUUCCAACGGUGUCUUAUAUAUAAAUAAUGCAAUAAUGGAAAAUCAAGGUGUUUACAUUUGUCAGACAACGUCAUACCAGAUUGAACCAGUGCUUGUUGUCAUAACCAUAGUUCCGUCAAUAGUGCCAACCCAAAAUCCAAAUGUGACUGUGUCAGUGAGUAGCCUCACAAUUCCCACUGGAGGCAUUGGCAAAAUUGAAUGCGAACCAGUAGGAUAUCCGUUACCCUUAAUCAGAUGGUCUAAGUUCCAAGGAUCCUUUGGGUCAGGUACAAGUCAGAGGGAAAAUGAGCUCAUCAUAUCAAAUGCUCAAGACAGCGAUGAAGGAUAUUAUCUUUGCGAAGGAACAGUCGACAAUACACCAAUAGCUCAGACAUAUGUUUACGUUGAUAUCGAGAGACGUGAAGCGCCUUCUACACAAAUAUAUCCUUCAGGAGAAAAUUCUGUAGCACUUGGAAGUCAAUUUGAAUUACAAUGUAGAGUUUCCGGCAUUCCGGCACCCGUUGUUACAUGGGGUAGAAGUGGAGGCAGACCGUUACCAAGGCAUAUAGAAAUUGUGCAAGAUAAUAGAUUAAGGUUUAAUACCAUCGAGGUUAACGACGAUGGUAAAUAUACAUGUACAGCAACCAAUGAUGUUGGUUCAUCUAGUGCUACUGCUAUUGUUAGGGUUCGAUCGCCUCCAGAAAUAACCAUCACACCGAAUACCUACAACCAAGUUAUUAGAGACGAUAGUCUUACCAUUGAAUGCCGCGCAGAUGGUCUUCCUGAACCAAUGGUGUCCAUAAGAUCAAGUUCAGACUUCCGUGAAAUAGUACCACCAACUCCAAGGAAAGCUAUUUUAUCCAUACGGUACGUAAAGGAUAGUGAUGAUGGUGAUUAUAUAUGUACAGCGACUUCCGCAGCUGGUGUAACCGAAGAGCAAUUUGCUAUACGUGUAGAAAGAGGUGAUGGUGGAACUGGUGAUUAUGAUCAAGGCAGUGGUGAUGGUGAAUAUCCCAAUAUUGACACCCAACCAAGUAGCAUGAUAGCUAUCGAAGGACAAGUUGCUCGUGUCAGUUGUAACGCUUCUGAAUAUCGAGUAUCAUGGAGUCGUUCAGAUAGACGUCCAUUACAACGUAAUGCUGAAGUUAUUGGAAAUGAGCUUAUAAUAUAUAAUGCUUCGAAGAGUGACGCUGGGCGUUACGAAUGCACUCUAUUGAAUCCGCGCACUGGUGAAGUUCAACAUUCCAUACAUACUGCACUGCAAGUAAUGGCUCCGCCAAAAAUAACGCUUCGACCUCCAACACAAACAGUCCAUCCCGGUCAAUCACCUAUCGUCGAAUGUGUCGUCGAAGGAGACGAUAUUAUGAGAGUCUCUUGGAGACCCCUCAAUAGAAUGAAUUCGAGCCGCGUUGAAACUCAUGGUUCCACAUUAAUCUUCCAUCAAAUUGAAGUAGAAGACGCCGGUGACUACGAAUGUUUUGCAAUGAAUAGAAUAGCAAACGCUACCGCCGUCGCCAAAGUAAUAGUAAGCGAAGAAACUGAUCGCACGACAUCGGAGUCCCAUGAUAACGAGCAGUACGCGCAUGUUGGGGCUGCUGUACAUCUCAGCUGUAAUGUCACGCAGCCAGGGUAUAGAAUCCGUUGGACGAAGGACGGCAGAUCCCUGCCUCGAUCAGUGAGCCAAAAGAAUGAUGGCUCGCUUUUCAUCCGACUUGCCCAGAAAUCUGACACCGGUCGCUAUGUCUGUAUCAUAAGAGACGCAUACGGAAGACAAACUACUAAUUACAUCACUCUUCACAUCGAGGGUAUUGAUUGCUUGCCAAACCAGUUUCAUUGUUAUGAUGACAGCAGUUGUAUAGAUGAAGAUCUUUUGUGUGAUGGAUACAGCGAUUGUUUGGAUUUAAGUGAUGAAUAUAAUUGUACAUCGAGAGAGAAGCGCUUGUCAACGAGACUUGUGGAUUCCAAAAAAAACCCUUCCGGUCCACGUGAUCAGGUGCCUUCAUUAAUUUCUAUUGAAAGACCACGAGGAUCAAUAAGGGUCGGAGAAAAUGUUAAGAUUUUAUGCAGAGCCGGUUCCAGGGACGUAAGAGUUUCCUGGGAGAAAUUUAAUACCAACGAAUAUGUACAGUCUAGGCCAUACGACGUUGGCGCAAUUUUAGAAAUACCUGGUGUGCAACAGUCAGAUGCCGGAGUUUACAGAUGUAUUGGACAAAACGGUUAUGGACAGUCAUCCUACGAAGAUUUUAAUCUUGAAGUAUUAGGAUCAAGUGAACCGACGUAUCCAAAUACUGGUAGUGAUUUUACGAUUGAAGCUCGAUUGGGAGAAAAUGUCAACCUUCAGUGCACUUCCAGUUUAGGAGAACCAGCGUUCGCUGAAUGGAGAAAGGAGUAUUCACAACUUCCAGCAAGUGCAAGAAAAAUUGGGCGCAACCUUUACGUAGAAAAUGUAACAGAAGCGGAUGCCGGUACAUAUAUAUGUAGGGUGUCAAAUCAACGUGUGAGACAGGAGUCUAAAGUGAUACUGAAAGUGACAGGCGUCAUCCCUAAAUUUAACGGGGACGGCUGGUUAGCCUUAAAUACCUUAAACGAUGCUCACAUGAAAUUUACGAUCGAAAUUUCAUUCAAACCUUCUGAUCCGAAUGGAAUUAUUCUUUUCAAUGGUCAAAAUAGGGAAGGAGGUGACUAUUUGGUUCUCCAAUUAGUUGACGGGGUACCAGAAUUCAUCCUCAAAUACGAUUCAUCAAAUCCACUCGUUGUAACCGGAGAUCCACCAUUGCAACUUAAUGCUUGGCAUACCAUUAGGUUGAGCAGAAGUGGAUCUAGGGUAACGAUGGCUGUAGAUAAUACCACGCCUUUUGUUGUCGAAAUGCCCAACGCGUAUGCAGUAUUAGAUCUGUCCGGACCUUUAUAUAUCGGAGGAUUACCAGAGCAACAUCCACUUGAACUUGAAGGAGCAACUGGUUUCAUCGGAUGUGUGAGCAUGUUGAUAAUAGGUAACGAAGAAAAGAACAUAAUGGGAGAAAAUAUAGCCAAAUCUAACGUAAAGGAAUGCAAUUCGUGUACACCAAACCUCUGCUUGAACAGUGGCGUAUGUCAGGAAGCAAGAAACGAGCGAGGCUAUACUUGUCUCUGCGCCGCUGGCUACGCUGGCUUGAACUGUGAUCGUACAGGUGAAGCAUGCCGGUAUGGACUUUGUGGACCUGGGAAAUGCAGUGACACGGCUGAUGGAUACAAAUGCGCUUGCCCAGUCACAUACACCGGCAGGAACUGUGAAAUAAAACAAAACAUCGAUUACCCGGCCUUCACUGGGAGCGCCUAUCUGGCGAUCAAACCACCGAAGACCUCUCGAUUCCUCCGCAUGUCCAUGAAGAUCAAGGCCAAGCCUCCUGUCACUGAUGGUAUUAUAAUGUACUGCGCCCAAUCCACCCGGGGCUACGGUGGAUUCACUUCCCUGGCUGUACACAACCGCCGUCUAGAGUUCCGUUACGACCUGGGAUACGGAACGGAACCGAUUGUUUUGAUAAGCAACAGAAGCCUCGAACCCCAUACAUGGACGGAUGUCAGUAUUGCAAGAGUUGGGAAAGUUGUCUCCUUGAAAAUAAACAUGAAUGAAAACUAUGAAGCUAAACUAGGAUCUACAAAGGAACUUACUUUAGACACGCCAAUGUUCGUGGGAGGUGUCGAUGAUUCGAUAUACUUAAAUAACAAUACCGGCGUCACCGGCGGAUUCAGUGGGUGCAUUAAAGAUGUAACUCUCCACGGUGAUCAACUGGAUCUCAUAAACGCUUCGAUCCAAUCCGCAAAUGUACAGGAAUGUGUUAACUAUGAACGAGGAGAUAUAUCUUCGGACGAAGAAAUCUGUAGUCAAUGCCGCAAUGAAGGCUAUUGUCUGGAUGCUGAACAAACUUCCUGCACUUGCCCCGCGGGUUUCACCGGUCAGCUUUGCGAAAUACGAGUACCUUUGGGUCGUCAAAUAGACCCCUGCGCAUCUUCGCCUUGUCAGAACGGCGGUACUUGCAAAAUUGAUCGAAGCUCAGUCGUAAACUACACCUGUGACUGUCUUCUUGGAUACACUGGUCCCAGCUGUCAAACAAUGUUCCAACCGCUGCAAAGUGUUGGAUUCAGUGGAAAUGGAUAUUUGGAACUACCGGCUAUAUAUUUACGAUAUGACCAACUUGAAAUCGAACCUGCACUCAUAGCCCUUGCUUUCCAUACACACCAAGAUGGAAUCCUAUUAUAUCAAAAAGAAGCUCAGUCUUCCUACCAAGGCGACUAUGUCCUAUUAAGAGUGGAAGGAGGAGCUGUCGUUAUGGAAUGGGAUGCUGGCAGCGGAAGCAAUAGAAUUGUAAUCGACGAUGUACUUGUUACCGACGGAGAACGCCAUCAGAUCAUCGUCAAAUUCUACGAAGACAGACGUGUCGAGCUGAACGUUGAUACGGUGACGAGGAGUGAGGUGACAGCCGGUAUAUCCAACGUCAUGAACGCAGACUCAAACAUAUAUAUAGGUGGAAUUCCUGAAUUUUUGAAGAGAGAUGUCAACUUCCCUGGAUUAGUAGGAUGUAUAGAGCAGGUAGAGUUCAGGAGAGGACGCGGUGAAAAUCUUGGUAACAUUGCCGUAGCUGGUAGAAAUACUCAGCAGUGCAAAGAUAUCAGAUAUUAUUCACCGAACGAAUAUUAAAUUAACGACUCAUGAUAAAACAACUACAUGACGAAAGACGAUCUUCUUAGUUAAUACAGCCAUGCAGUCCUUUCAUCGAAGGGAAACUGUCUCCAAAUUAAUUUCAAGUUCCAAGCAAAUUAUGUCAAUUGAAUGAUAAUUGUUAUUAGCAUAUCUAACUAUAUAAUACUAUUUAUAAUAAAAUUCCGUCUCCUAUAUAUUUCACUCCUGAAUUCUACAUGUGGAUUUGAAAUUUAAUAUUCUUAGUGUUAUCAAAAUGUAUCUACGGCAUAUUUGACUUAUAAAAAAAUUAUAUAAAAUCUCAGGACAAUACUGCUAGUGUAUAAUGAUAUAUAGAUAACUAAAAUUUAUAGUGGGAUGCUAAAGUUGUUAUUCCAAUAUAUGAAUUUCAAUCAUCACGCUGCGUGGAUGAUAUUUUCUUCGAAAUGUUGUAUGUGGUGCCAUAAAACUUGAAUAUAACAUAAUUUUUGUAGUUAUAGUGGAAACCUUUGCAUGUUUUUCUUUACGUUAUCUUAUUACCUCCAAUAAAAUCAGUAUGAAUCCCCCUUGUUUGCUAAACAAUAUAAUAUUGACUAACGUCUUGUGCCAAACCUGGUUUCAUUUGUGUUUAGUUUAUGCCACUGCCAUUUUUGCUUUUUUAUUCAUUACUUUUAAGUAUGUAGGUAGGUCGCCGGAAUAGGCAAAAGAAUAUUUUAAUUUUAAGAUUUAGUAAUAUCAUUAUCACUAAUAAUAUCAAUGGAUUAAACGUUGUUCUGUAAAAGUCAACUGCGGUCGCAUUUAACUUAGAUAUAUCGCCAGUGAUUCAGUUAUCCAUUUUUUGCAUAUUUUAUAUGAAACAAAAGAACUAUAUUCGCAUAAAAUGUGUUUGUUAUAUUUAGCUUGGCUAAGAUGUAUGAAUAACCUAAGUUAGCUCUGAAACUGACAAAUAUAAAGGUUAUCUCUAUACUUUUCAAACCUUUAACAGUAUCUUGAUGUAUACUACUGCUAAGUAAACAAAUGCAAUUAACAAUAAAACUGUGUAUAAACA